CCAGCUUCCUCCUCCAUCCUCCUGGUUCCUGGCUCCAGCUCCAGCCCAGCCCAGCCCAGCCAGCAAUCCCUGCUGGCACACUCAGCCCCCGGAGGCCCUUAGAAGAGCAGACUGAGGUCCGCAGGCAUGGAGACAGUAGACAGUGGUGAGGUGGCCCCUGGGGCACCCCAGCCCAUGCACAUUAACGUGCACAUCCACCAGGAGUCCGCUCUGGCCAAGCUCCUGACCAGUGGGUGCUCCCUGCUGCGGUCCCACUUCCCUGGGGCCACCUUCCAGACCUGGAGCAGGAGCCGGCUGCUCUUGGCCUCCUGGGUGGUACAGAUCGUGCUGGGGGUGUCAAGUGGAGUUCUAGGAGGGUUCCUCUACAUCUUCUAAUGCUCCACCCUGUGUAGCUCAGGAGCUGCCAUCUGGACAGGGGCUGUGGCUGCGCUGGCUGGAGCUGUCGCCUUCAUUCACCAGAAACGGGGUGGCAUCUGCUGGGCCUUGCUGAGGAUCCUGCUUGCCCUGGCAGCUUUCUCCACAGCCACCGCUGCCAUCGUCAUUGGAGCCAGUAAUUUCUAUAGGCACCGCUUUUAUUUUAGAGACUUCAUCUGUGAUGUCUCCUCGAAGGCCUGGUCCUGGGCCCCCCUGAGCCCUAGCACUCCAAGCCCAGAAGAAGCCACAAGACUGCAUCUGUGUCUCUCCUACCUGAGCAUGCUGGAGGCCCUGUUCAUAAGCUUUCAGGUCAUGCUGUUGGGUAUCUGGGUUCUGCUGCUCCUGGCAUCUCUGGUUCCCCUGUGUCUGUUCUGCUGGAGUAGGUCCCGACAUAAGAAAAUAGAGCAGAAGAAACUGCUGGAAGCAAAUGGAAUCUAGCCUUGCUUCUCCUGAGUGCUCAUGCCUGGACUCUUUCUGGACUGCCUCUGGCUCCUGGGAGAAGGAUCAGGCUGGGGAAAAGAGACUCUACGCUAGCUCCAGUUACCUUCCUCCACUGCCACAGCCACAGCCAUGGCCACAGUCCCCUCCACCAAUCAUCACACCACUCUUGCCCAUUUCUGGCUCACCUUUACCAUUCCGCCUUGCCUCAUGGCCCCUCAUGAGCAAUGAUGACAAUAAACUGUCUUGUUUCUCCCAGCUUCUUGCUUAGUUAUUCCAGGGAAUUCCUCUUGGCUAAAUGAGGCAGAGGAAAUGAGCCCAAGCAAACCUCUGAUGCUCCUCCCUCUCCCAACCUCCUCUCUAGGUCUGGAGUCACUGGCAAAAUGUAGGAAACCAGAGGUGACAGUGCCACACUGGGGUUUGUAACCAAGGGUUGGGGGGUGGGAUCAGAGAGGGUGUCAUUACCCUUCAGCCCAAAAGAUAAGGAAAAGGAGCACUGUGUUUCAGCCGGUGACUAAGAAAGCUGAUGGAAAUGGUGCUUGAUUUGAGCUGUCACCUUCCCAGAGAAAUGCCGGCACCCUGAGAUGACCUUUCAGAGAGGGAUCCUAGGGAAUGAACACCCAAACUACCCCACUCUGAUCUCUUGCUAGCAUUCCUUAUUGACCAAACCUGACAUCUUAGAACAUGAGAGCUUAGAUGUGACCAAUAUAAGAGUCUCCUUGAGGGCACAGAGAAGGCUAGAGGAAGGCAGAAAGACUAUCUGGAGAGGCCAAUGAAAGCUGUCUGCAAGAAUGACUAGUGUUUGCGUGAAGAAAUAAUGUUUGAAAAACCCCCAAAUUUGGUGAAAGCCAUAAUCCUCAAGAUCCAGGAAGUGCAAAGAACCCUACACAGAACAAACUCAAAGAAGUACAAGCAUGGACAUGAGGAUCUAAAUGCUAAAAACUAAAGACAAAGAAAAAAAAUCUUGAGAACAACCAAACAAAAUGGACUGUUACCUCUAGAGAAAAAUGAUCCGAAUUUCUGUGGUUUCUCAUCAGAAACAGUGAUAGCCAGAAGUGGCACAAUAUUUUUUGUAAUUGUUAAGCACAGGCACAAUGUGGUACAAAACAGUGUGACUGAACAAGGUGUAGCAUGAGGGGGCUUUGAGGGCGGUGGUACCGUUCUUUAUCUUGAUCAUGGUGUUGGUUACAUGAGUCCAUCCAUGUAUUAAAAUUCACAGAACUGUUCGCAGAACAAACUAACUAAAAAGUGAGUUUUACUUUAAUAAUAAAGAGAGGGCAGCCCGGGUGGCUCAGCGGUUUAGCGCCACCUUUGGUCCAGAGCGUGAUCCUGGAGACUCAGGAUCUAGUCCCGAGUCCCUUGUGGGCUCCCUGCAUGGAGCCUGCUUCUCCCUCUGCCCGUGUCUCCGCCUCUUUCUCUCUCUGUGUCUCUCAUGAGUAAAUGAAUAAAAUCUUUUUAAAAUUAUUUUUUUAAAAUAAUGAUAAGGAGAUAAAUCUGGGAUUACUUGCCUAUCUCAAUCUCAAAAUCUCAGAGUCAUUUCCAGAUAUAUAUCUUCAU